AUGAUUUUUAUUUUAGAUAAUAAAUAUCCUUAAUUUAGAAUAGAAAUUUUAGAUGCAGAAAAAAGAAUCUCAGAUAUUAUCUCUGAAAAUAAAGAUAAUUAAAAUUUGAUAACAAUCUACUUUGUAAAAGAAAUACAUGAAUUUCUUAACUAACAAGUAAAUUAAUAAAUUACCUCUUAAAGAAGGUUAAUUAUAAUCAUGGAAAACUGUGAAUCUAAUUUGUAAAACUUAUUGUUCGAAAAAAAAAUAUUUAAUGAUGAAGAAAUACUAGAUUUUUUAAAUCAAUUUUUAUAAGGAUACAAAGUUCUUUAUAAUAAAUUUAUAAUUCAUAGAAAUAUCAAACCUGAGAAUAUACUUGUUAAUAAAGUUAAUGGAAAAAUAAUUUAUAAAUAACUGACUUUGGAAUUGCAAAAAUAUGCAAAGCUAAUGAUUAUAAUAUUUCUAAAAUUGGAACCCAGCCUAUGCUGCUCCAGAGAUAAAUGA